CUCUACAUUAAAACAACAGGUAAAAAUAUCUAUAUUUAGAACUGACAAUGAAAAAAAUAAAGUAAUUAAUUUAGUUUCAGGAUUAAAUAAAUAUUUAUCUGAAACAUCACAGCAAAUAAUUCUUACUGAUAAUUCGACAAAUGAUAGAGAUUAUUUUCGUAAUUUUUAUUCUCUUGAUACACCUUUUUCUUCUACAUACAGUUUGUCUUUGGCAAACUGUAUACAUAAUGAAAUCAAAAAAUAUCUUGCAGUACCUUUACUUGACCAUGUUGAUCCUCUAUGUUGGUGGCAAACACAACAUUCUAAGUACCCAAUUUUAAGUAUUAUUGCUUGUGAUUACUUGUCAGUACAAGCAACAAGUGUUGCUUUAGAGCAAGCUUUUUCAAUCACUAGGAAAACUAUUUCAGAUGAAAGAUACAAGUUGGAAGAAGAGACAGCAAGAGCAAUUCUUUGUCUAAAAAGUUAA